AUGCAGUCCAUCAUCCUCGCCUCUCUUCUCGCCUCGGCCGUCACGGCCAACAGCUUCAUGGCCCAUCCUCUCAUGAAGCGCGACCUCCUGGCUCCUCGUGCCACCGACGCCGCCAGUCCCACUGACGCUGCCGGUCUCGUCGACGGCCUCAGCGGAGAGUGCCAGAGCGCCAUCCUCGACGUCUACAAGACCCUCCCUACUCCUCCUCCCGCUGUCGUCUCCGACCUCAUGGAAAACCCCCAGACCGACCCCUGCGACUUCACCGUCCCCUCUUCGCUGUCCAAGGACUACGCCAGCUACAGCUCCAAGAUCGUCUCCUGGUACGGCGAGUACGAGGGUGAGAUCUCCUCCGCCAUCAAAGAGUGUCCCGAGCUGGCCCAGUAUGCUUCUGCCCUUCCUGUCUGCGCGAGUGACGUUAUCGGCAAGCCUUCUGAGGCUGCUGCUACUGCUACUGGCUCCGAGACCAAGAGUGUCGUUCCCAUCAUCGCCACCACUGCUGAGAAGCCUGUCAAGACCCCUGGUGCUGGAGAGUCUGCUGCUACCACUCCUACCUCUGGUGCUGGUCCUGUCGAGACCAACGGUGCUGCUCGUGAGGGUGCUUUCGUCUACGCCGCUGCUGCUGUUGCCGGUGUCGUCGUUGCUGCUCUGUAA